UGGGUAUCGCAGCUAUAGACAGGACAUAAAAUCGUUUUAUUUACUAUUAUAAUGGAAUUCAGGUGCUUAACAAUGACUGUGUUCUUUGCCAUCACUGCCGUGGUUGGCACUUCCUUGACAAGAGACGAAGAAUUUAAUAACUUGAUGGAACGAUUACUGGACAAGCCCGACCCGUCCUCCCUGAAAGACAUUGAUAAGAGGGGUUGGGAACCCGUGCCAUCCAUGAGAUACUUCGGGAAAAGACUGACAUUAUUAAAACGAGGCUGGGAGCCUUUGAUGCCUCUGUAUCGUCGUAGAAGACCAUACUAUAAGCGAGCCUGGGAGACACACAUUGUAAAGUUGCCGAGGAAAAGGUCAAAUUUAUUGCCGUUCGUGGACUCGGACCGUUUUUCUGACUCUGUAGAGCCGGGCUGUUGUUCGGAUUCCUCGGCUUGCUGUCCACUCUGUGAUACCGGUGCACACAGAUCCGUCAUAGUCUUGGACCCAUCGGAUGACAUUCGAGAACCGUGUCAGUGUUGUAACCUAUCUGAAAUCUGUACAACUUGUCCCGUUAUGAAGAAGUAGACAUCUGAUAUGUUCUUAUCUUAUGAUGACACAAUUGUUUUACAAUUGUGAAAUUCAUUGCUUUUAUAGAGUAUGUAGCAUCAACGGUAUGUAGGUCCCACUACGGCAUCAAUCUACCAUAUACACAUUAUGAAUCUUCUGUAUUUCAUGUUUUCAUAUUAGGAGCUUGACUUUUUACUUGAAUGUUCUUAAAUUUGACCUGUAUUAUUUUAAAACAUUUUUUUGUAAUUGGAGGAAGAUAAAAGGUUUGAAAGUCUGCCUAAAUAUGAUCAGAAUUGGGACAAGACGGCUCAUCUUUCUUGUUAUACGGAAUACUAACCAGUGGUACGUGUGGAUCUGUGACCAAAGACUUUUGCUGCUGGUUUAGUGAAUACAAUCGUGUUCGAAGAUUUUCAUUUAUUUGUUUUUAGCAAACCCCAUCGCAUUCCUUUUGAUUUAGAAUGAAUUAAAAAGGAACAGUAGAUUGAAA